CUCUACACUACUGCACUGUCUCUCUCCAAAGGCAGGUGCAUUGGCUUCCAGCCUUUUCCCUCCUGUAUAUCUCUCCCUUCCUCGGUCCCUCAAUGAUAGCACAGAGAGAGAAGACAUACCUUACCUCCAGGCUCCAGGAGCGGAGACAGUGGGCGGAGAGCUCCAUCGCUGCACCACUACUUCACUGGAGAUCCGCCCACUCCCAUGGAGGAGAUCACCCACCACUUUGGAGUUGGCGCAAGCGGCGGACACGGCUACGGCCACGGCCAGCACCACCACCACCACAACCACCCGUGGGGAUCCUCCCUCAGCGCCGUCGUCGCGCCGCCGCCGCAGCCACCGCCGAGCGCGGGGCUGCCGCUCACCCUGAACACGGCUGCCACCGUACACAGCGGCGCCAGCGACGGCAACCCGGUGCUGCAGCUUGCCAACGGCGGCAGCCUCCUCGACGCGUGCAUCAAGGCGAAGGAGCCCUCGUCGUCGUCGCUCUACGCCGGCGACGUCGAGGCCAUCAAGGCCAAGAUCAUCUCCCACCCGCACUACUACUCGCUCCUCGCAGCCUACCUCGAGUGCCAGAAGGUUGGGGCGCCGCCGGAGGUGUCGGCGAGGCUGACGGCGAUGGCGCAGGAGCUGGAAGCCCGGCAGCGCACGGCGCUCGGCGGGCUCGGCGCCGCGACGGAACCGGAGCUGGAUCAGUUCAUGGAGGCAUACCAUGAGAUGCUGGUGAAGUUCAGGGAGGAGCUGACGAGGCCGCUGCAGGAGGCGAUGGAGUUCAUGCGGAGGGUGGAGUCGCAGCUCAGCUCGCUCUCCAUCUCCGGCAGAUCGCUGCGCAAUAUCCUUUCCUCUGGCUCUUCGGAGGAGGAUCAAGAAGGUAGUGGAGGAGAGACAGAGCUCGAUGCACAUGGUGUAGACCAAGAGCUCAAGCACCACCUUCUGAAGAAGUACAGUGGCUAUCUGAGUUCUCUCAAGCAAGAACUGUCAAAGAAGAAGAAGAAAGGAAAGCUCCCUAAGGAGGCUCGCCAGCAGCUCCUUAGCUGGUGGGAUCUGCACUACAAAUGGCCUUACCCCUCAGAGACUCAGAAGGUGGCGCUUGCAGAGUCGACUGGGCUGGACCUGAAGCAGAUCAACAAUUGGUUCAUCAACCAGCGGAAGCGGCACUGGAAACCAUCUGAGGAAAUGCACCACCUGAUGAUGGACGGGUACCACCCAACUGGGGCCUUCUACAUGGACGGGCACUUCAUCAACGAUGGCGGGCUGUACCGGCUCGGCUAGCGCCACUAUCGCCAUUUCACACCAGCUAAACACUAAUGGUUCCAAGUGUCAGAAGUACUGAAGACUUGGCUAGCUAUCUAAUGUUGUGUGCCGCAUGCAUGAGCUGUAAGGAGGCCAUGCUUAACUAUUUUGUUGCAGGUGCUACUAUAUCUGUGCCCUCUAUGCUUACAUGCAUGAACAUUGCUUUAGGUCGUACUCCACAUUGUGGUGGUGUGCUUUUGCUUUUGUGGUUGUAUGCGUGACCUGACAGAUGGAUAACUGAUUGCUACAUGUUUGAAUAAUUUGCACGAUCUAGCUCGUUUGUCUAAUAUAAUGUGAUACUGAUAGUACCACUCAGGCUUCAUCA